AAGAGGAAGCUUUGUACUAAAGAAGUUUCAGUUACGGACGUGUACAGAUCCGGGACGCCUGGCAGGAGGGACCUGGAGUAUAGACAGAAACCCCUCCAAGAGUGCACGAAGAAACUUUGCAGUUUCACUCCCACAGGGAUUCUUAUUAUUAUUUCGACCACUUCCAGUGCAACAGUUCGGGAGCAGUUUUUUCAGCAUUUGUUAUGCACACCGAGACAUGGUUUGGCAUUACAGAUCGACUUCAUUCAUUCGUCUUCAGAAAGUUUAUCAAAGUCUGAAGUUAUAUGAAAGAGUCCUAUCGCCUUUGACAGGAUAUGAGCGGUGACAGCAAGUAAUUGUUUAUAGUUCUGAUUAAGUUGGUUGAUUGUUGACACUGACCUCUCACUCAGAUCAGUCGCGAACACUCUGACCCGUCAGCAUCACUUGUGAUCGUGCGGAUAAAUCAAACUGAGUGGCUGAAAUAGAAAGUAAUUAUCAGUCAUUCAUUCUAAUGCUUUACACCAGUUGCCCCUUUAACCAGUGUGGGACUUUGGAAAAUAUUUGAAUCUUGAUCAUGCCAGUCAGAAAGAAAGAUGCUCAGAGAGUGCUGCAGCUUCUUGAAGAGUACAGAGCUAAACUCAGUCAGACUGAGGACCGUCAUCUCAGACUCUCCAUUGAGAGAGUCAUCAACAUAUUUGAGAGUACACUCUUCCAGGCUCUAAUAGAUAUCCAGGAAUUUUAUGAAGUGAGCCUGCAGGAUAAUGAGGAUAAGCCCAGAGAGCCUUCAAACCUUAAAACGGGACAACCCUUUCCUCCUGUUAAUGAAUGGAAUCUCACUGGCUCAUCAGAACCUGUGCCCAGCAGCCAUACUCGUGUGCCCAGCAGCCAUACUUGUAAAGAGAAAUACAGAUAUCAGGAUGAGGGUACCACAUCGCCUCCAGAACACAACUCUCCUCACCUGCCCGGGGAGGUGUGUCCUCCUGAGCUGGUGCAGGUGUCGGAGAAGAACAUCUCACAGAUUGAGAAUGUACAUGGCUAUGUCUCCCAUUCACACAUCUCUCCUAUGAAGGUAGAGUCUCUGGAGUAUGUUUUUGACGGGCCAUCGACAUUAGGAGGUGAGGAGGUCCCAGCCCCCGCCUUCGCUUCGCUUUACUCACAUGCUUGUGACACACUGAUGCAGGCAGAUGUCAUUCCUUCCUCUGCUCCCAUAAUCCCUGUGAUCCCUAUCUCACACGUCCCAGCCGAGACCACUGACAUUCCUGCACCCACGUCACAGGCAAGCCCAGCACCGGUGGUGGUGAAUACAGAAAGCCUUGACAGCUCACCUUAUGUGAAUGGAACAGAAGCUGAUUAUGAAUAUGAAGAAAUUACACUUGAACGGGGGAACUCAGGUCUGGGUUUCAGUAUUGCAGGCGGUACCGAUAACCCCCACAUCGGCGAGGACCCAAGCAUUUUUAUCACAAAGAUUAUCCCUGGAGGAGCUGCCGCACAGGAUGGCAGACUCAGAGUUAAUGACUCUAUACUGCGGGUAAAUGAUGUAGAUGUGAGAGAUGUAACUCACAGUAACGCUGUAGAAGCUCUGAAGGAGGCAGGCUACAUUGUCAGACUGUACGUCAGAAGAAGAAAAGCCGUCACAGAAACAAUAGUGGAUGUAAAACUGGUAAAAGGUCCUAAAGGUCUAGGUUUCAGUAUAGCUGGAGGUGUUGGAAACCAACACAUUCCAGGGGACAACAGUAUUUAUAUCACCAAAAUCAUUGAGGGAGGAGCUGCCCAUAAAGAUGGAAGGCUACAGAUUGGAGAUAAACUUCUUGCUGUGAAUGCUGUUUGCCUUGAAGAGGUGACUCAUGAAGAUGCCGUGACUGCCUUGAAAAACACCCCAGAUGUCGUAUAUUUAAAAGUGGCGAAACCCACCAGUGUCUUUAUGAAUGAUAGUUAUGCUGCUCCCGAUGUCACCAGCUCCUAUUCCCAGCACACAGAGAACCAUAUCAGCACCCAAAGCUAUCUUAGUCAGCCAUUAACCCCUGCCACCCCAUCCCGCUACUCUCCUCUCUCAAAAGGCAUGCUGGGAGAUGAUGAGAUCACAAGGGAGCCUAGGAAGAUCGUCCUGCAUCGGGGGUCCACGGGACUGGGUUUUAACAUUGUAGGAGGAGAGGAUGGAGAGGGAAUCUUCAUCUCUUUCAUCCUAGCAGGAGGGCCUGCAGACCUGUGUGGAGAACUGAGGAAAGGAGACCGCAUCACCUCUGUUAACGGGGUGGACCUCCGCAGUGCGACUCAUGAACAGGCAGCUGCUGCAUUGAAGAAUGCUGGGCAGACAGUCACCAUCGUGGCUCAGUACAGACCAGAGGAGUACAGUCGAUUUGAAGCCAAAAUCCAUGAUCUACGGGAACAGAUGAUGAACAGCAGUAUUAGUUCAGGUUCUGGCUCGUUGCGGACUAGUCAGAAGAGGACCCUGUAUGUCAGAGCCCUGUUUGAUUAUGACAUAACGAAAGACUCCGGCCUACCCAGUCAGGGGCUGAACUUCUGCUUUGGCGACAUUCUGCACGUCCUGAACGCCUCGGAUGAGGAGUGGUGGCAGGCACGGCAUGUGACUCCAGAUGGCGACAUGGAGGAGAUGGGCGUCAUUCCCAGCAAGAAGAGGGUGGAGAGAAAAGAGCGGGCCAGGUUAAAGACGGUCAAAUUCAACUCCAAGUCUCGAGACAAAGCGCAAUCACUCAAUGACAAGCGUAAAAAGAACCUCUUUUCACGAAAAUUCCCUUUCUACAAGAACAAGGACCCCAGCGAGCAGGAAACAAGCGAUUUGGACCAGCAUGUCACUUCUAAUGCCAGCGAUAGUGAAAGUAGUUACCGUGGGCAGGAAGAAUAUGUUCUGUCAUAUGAGACCAUAACGCAACAGGAAGUUAGUUACAGUCGUCCAGUGAUUAUUCUUGGACCCAUGAAAGACCGUAUCAAUGAUGAUCUGAUCUCAGAAUUUCCUGACAAGUUUGGAUCAUGCGUUCCCCACACGACUAGACCGAAGCGAGACUAUGAAGUCGAUGGAAGAGACUACCAUUUUGUUACGUCACGGGAGCAAAUGGAAAAAGAUAUUCAGGACCACAAGUUCAUUGAGGCUGGCCAGUAUAACAACCACCUUUAUGGGACAAGCGUGCAGUCAGUACGAGAGGUUGCAGAGAAGGGCAAACACUGCAUCCUGGAUGUCUCGGGCAAUGCCAUCAAACGACUCCAGUUAGCACAGCUCUACCCCAUUGCUGUGUUUGUGAAACCAAAAUCAGUGGAGAAUAUUUUAGAGAUGAACAAGAGGUUGUUGGAGGAGCAAGGCAGAAAGACCUAUGACAGAGCCAUGAAAUUGGAGCAGGAGUUCCUUGAGCACUUCACUGCCAUUGUACAAGGGGACACAUUGGAAGAGAUCUACAACCAGGUCAAACAAGUCAUCGAGGAGCAGUCAGGGCCGUACAUUUGGGUACCAGCCAAAGAGAAAUUGUGAGACGACUCGAGAUAAAUAAACCUUACUCUUCUUUAGACAUUUUUGUAUUAUUAUUUUUUCUUUCUGUAUUCUUUUUUUUUUUUUACACCAACCUGGCCUGCUGCUUGCAUUUGCUUUUAUGACCCCCAAGCAUAGGAAAUACAUAUUCUCUUUGGAUGGGCUUGGGGUCACGGUGGUCUUACGGCCGCCUUACUCUCAUGCCUCUCUUUGAGACUGCUGUCUAGAACUCACAUCCAAGUCUCCGCAUUUCAACCUCCGACGGGAGGAGAUAUGCCUGACCAGCGACUUACUGGACAGAUUUUAUGGUACAGAUUCCUUAAUGUUUAAGGGAGGUGACUUUCUCGAAGGAAAACAGUGAGUUAAUGCAUUAUAUACAGUUUGGUUGCUUUGGUUUGUCCCCCCUCCCAUGAACUGAAGUUAACGCUUUCAUGUGUCUGUACCCUCGGAAAAGACAUGAAGCAACAAUUUGCACGUUUUAGCAUUAUGAGCAUGUUUUUUACUAUUUUUUUUUUUCAUUUAACAUAUGUUCUCAAGCUUUUGUCACAGAUUUGAGCUAUGUGAACUAUAGCCACCAAAUUACUUUUGCUUUCUCUCUUAUUUUGUAAGAUCAAGCAGCCCAUUCACUUUACACAGCUUAUCUGUUUUGUCACAAGUGCACAAAAAGGACAAAAUUGUUUGGCACAAAGUGUAUUCUUUUUUUAUACUGUAUUAAAUGUCUAUUUGUCUUAAAGACCUGUGUACAUUUUAAUCAAGGUGCAUAUGAGAGUAGCUUUUAGUUGAGAUGAAAAAGGAACGACUUGCGAUUAUCAUUAACAAUUAUGUUUAAAAUCCAGGUGAUGACAUAUUCUUACUUCAAGAAACCAAUGCAAAUAAGAGAGUAUAAAUUGUAAUGUAUAUUCAACCCUCAGUAUACUGCUUAUUUUGUUAUAAUAAAAGUCUAUAUUGAGCUUUAAGUAAA